AUGCUCAGACGGAAGACGGCCGUCAAAGAGGACGGGCCUACUUGGAUCUUUGAUCCCUACAAGCGCUACACCUUGGAAGAUCUAGGCCUUCGCUACGAUGCAGUGACCGACCGCAUCACGCUCCUGGAUAAUCCAGAAGAGCCUUACAAGUACAAAAUGAAACAAAGCGAUGAGGAUUACAACGAUCAGCUGUGGUUUGCACUGUCUCGCCUAUUAGAUGAUAUGACGCAAGAACGCAUGACUAAGAUUGGUAUGCGUCUCUUACGCUUGCCCUUGGGGGCAGCAGAAACCGACAAGCAUACAAGAAUCUACGUCUCUGAAGAUUUCGACAAGAAGCAAGAGCUGACUCUUGUCUUUCCAGAUGGCGGUGAAAUGGGAAGCUGGUACGGCCGACUCAUCACAGACAAAACAAUUGCCAAUGGGUCCUUUGAAGACUUUGUCAAGACAUUCACCAAGCCGGAGCGAGGUAUCGUGAUUGCCUCGCCAACGGUCUGCGUAUGGAACAAGGAGCUUGGUCGUGCCAUUACUCAUCGCGAAUCCAUGAUUGCGUCUAAAAAGAGUCCACUAGGCAAGAUCCAAGGCAGCGAAACACAACAAGCGCAUAUCGAGUACGUGCUCGACUAUGUGGCCAGACCAUCAGCAGCGGAACAAAUCAACCUUGUUGCCGUUGGAUACUCAGCAUGGGCAGCCAUUCACUAUAUCCAUGCAUGUUGGCCAACUUGGAGGGACAGACUCACUGCUAUUGCAUGCUUUUGCACAAAUCACUCAGUCAAUGAAUUCACACUACCAGACUUCCUCGAUUUUCUCUCUGCCAAUUGCAUCAAUUUUGCAGCAUCAGACAAGCCACUCAAGACAAUUGUCGAAGAUCGGCGCUUUGGGUGCAUGACUCAAGCUUGGAAUUCAUCGAAGCGAUUCAGCAAGGCGGAGCAGUGGAAUACACGCAAAUAG